GGAGUAUUAGUUUUAUGUUCGGUGUGUAGUCUUGAUUUUUUUUAAAUUUGAAGUUUAACUUAUUAUUAUUAUUAGUCUAUCAGUGUAAUACAAAACUGUAAAUUAAAAAUAAACUUGAGUUUUUUUUUUAAAUUUUUAUUAACUGGUUUUUAAAUUACUGCAACCAUGGGCAAAAUUAAGUCUUCAAAAGUAGAUCCUCAUAAACAUUUUUCUAAAGGUCUAAUGAAAAUGAAGUUUAUGAAUCCAAAUAUAGACGCACCGGAAACAGAUAUUAUAAUUAAAUCAGAAACUAAAUCAAAGAAAAAGGACGUCAUUAAGAUCAAUAAUUGGGAACCAUUUUAUGAUAUUCUACCUAUGCCAAGAUUAUCAUUUAACGGUAUGAACCCAGAUAUAGAAAACAUGAUGAAAAAACUUGGUGUACUGCAGCGUGAUCCAAAUGAACAUGGUAAAAUGGACGUCGAUAUUACCGUAGAAGAAAUGAUUAUUAGAAAAAAUAAAAUGAAACAAAGAAAAAAAUAAUAUAUUAUGUGUUGCAAAUAUUAUAUUUAAUUUUCACCUUAUUUUUAAGUGUAAGUAUAUGACAUUAUGACAUAUAUAGAACAUUUACUAUUAUUACUAAUUGAUUAUGUAUGAUAAACCAUGAUGCAAUAAACAAUACAGUUCUAACAACAAUAAUACAAUUUUUUAUGUGUUAUUGAACUUUAAUUUUACAAUUUUAUAAUUAAUUAAUAAUUCCACUGGUUCAUUGAUCACUACUCAUUAUAAAAUAUUGAC